CAUCACGCAAAGCACCUUUAUUUAUCUCGAUUUAUCGACCCCUACAAUACGUCGACAGGAUGUGCAUGCUUGCGACUAUUCUUGUUUUUCAGUACCUGCCUCAAAUUCCAAGCCAUAAUUGAAAUGCCGCCUCUACAGCCCGCCUCCAUCAAGGCUCUCCGGGCGCAGUCGGAGCCCUUGCCGUUCGCCAUCGCCCCCGUUAAUUCCUCGAAUGCCUUCAAAUCCACCCACACACGCAGUCUUCCUCUCGCAAAGCGAUGGGACGAUCAUUGGAGUAUCGAAAGUCGGGGCUUUGAAGGUUCAGCGUUGAAAGAGUCCGCAAACCAGCCCAGUGACCGCAAGGUCAUCUCCCUGGGCACCGGACGGCCCACCGCAGACUACUAUCCAUGGGACUCGGUGACAAUCGAGUCGAUGCCACCCACACUAGCCGGCGAGCCUUCCAGUCAUCAGACCACGAUAGCCAAGUACACGGACACGUUCAAUCUGGCCAAUGGGCUCAACUACAGCAGUGGGGCUGGCUUCCCUCAUCUACUCCGAUUCUUUACAGAACACGUGGAGAUGAUGCAUCAACCGCGGUACUCCGACUGGGCCGUCUGUCUUUCGUGCGGCUCGACGUCUGCGCUGGACAUUGCUUACCGGAUCUUCUGCAACCGAGGAGAUACUAUUCUCACUGAGUGCUAUACCUACCCUGGCGCCGUGGAAAGAGCAGGCCUGCAGGGCAUCCGAGUGCAGGGAGUGGCCAUGGAUGCAGAAGGACUGCGCCCGGAUGUCUUGGACGAGAUACUACGAAACUGGGACACCUCGGCUUCUUCCAAGCCACGUGUCUUGUACAUGAUCCCCACCGGGCAAAACCCGACCGGGGUUACUCAGGGUCUGCCUAGACGGGAACAGAUAUAUCAGAUUGCGGAGACACACGACCUGAUUAUCAUCGAAGAUGACCCAUAUUACUGUCUGCGUCUGGGCAUGCAGUGUGCCAACGAGCUCAAUGGGCAGGGUAAUGGAGGUGAUAGCGUGCUCACCGCCAUCGACAGGUUUCAGGCGCAGGCAGUCCCAUCCUAUCUCUCGAUCGAUCGAUCUGGUCGCGUCGUCCGCUUAGAUUCAACAUCCAAGAUCCUGGCGCCUGGUCUUCGUGCUGGGUGGGUGACUGCCUCAUUGCAGGCCAUUCGCAAAUUCGUGGCCUACCAGGAGGUCUCGACACUGGGAGUCAAUGGGCCGACGCAGCUCAUGCUUUGGAAAUUGCUCGAUGAGACGUGGGGUCACGAAGGCUUUUUGUUGUGGCUGUCGAAUCUCUCACGGCAGUACCAGUUACGUCGUGAUAUUCUGGUGCGGGCUUGUGAAAAGUAUCUCCCUCGCGGACUUGUGUCUUGGAAUUGUCCCCAGUAUGGGAUGUUUCUCUGGCUGCAGCUCGAUUACCGCCAGCACCCCCUGCUUCGCCACCAGACGACAACCGAAUUCAGUAUGGAGACUUUUUUGGUCGAGAUGGAAAGUCGGAUUGUGUCGAGGUCUCUAGAGCAAGGAGUGCAGGUCACGAAGGGGUCAUUAUUCUCGCCUAGCCCGAAGCGCCAGGGAAUGUUCUACAUCCGAUUGACGUCUGCGGCUGCACUGGUGAAGGAUUUGAGCGAGGGUGUCAAGCUUUUGUCCGAUGUAUUGCGGGAGGAGUUUGCCUUGGAAGCCCAUAUGAUGUAGCAAUAACGUGGAACUGGCCUGGUCUCUUCAUUUUACUUCCAAUCUAUGAAAGAACGCUAGGUAGGUUUGACACAUGACCAAUUUGGAACAUGGAAAUUCUAUUCUAUCGAUUGGGGUCGGGCUGCUUGUUUGUAAGUUUCAUAUGGCUGGUGCAUGAGUAUC